AUGGCAAAUACUGCAGAAUAUUCAUCAAAAACAACUCGUGAUGGUUUUCUUAGUUAUUCCGAUGGUUCUAUCGAAAAUGGUUUAACAACAUUAACUGCUGUUGAAAUACAAAAAUUAGAUAAUACGAAAGAAUAUGAUGUAAUUAUUAUUGGUGCUGGAUUUGCUGGUCUUAUUGCUGCACGUGAACUUGGUCUUCGUGGACGAAAAGUAUUACUUAUUGAAGCAAAAGAUAGAAUUGGUGGUCGAACAUUUACAGCUCAAACUAAUGAUCAUAAUUUUGAAAUUGGUGGUACAUGGAUUCAUUGGAGUCAACCACAUGUUUGGAGUGAAAUUACACGUUAUGGACUUUCAUUAAAGGAAUCAAAAGGUGUAGCAGCUGAUCGUAUGAGUAUAUUGCUUGAAAAUGGUACUAAAUUAAAAGAAAUCUCAAUGCUUGAUAGUUUAGUAGCAUUAGCUAAUGCAAUGGAAAAAUAUAGUGAUGUGGAUGAUGUUCAAGGACGUACAGUUAUACCUUUUCCACAUACGCCUUUUGUUGCAAAUGAACUUGUACAAAAAUAUGAUCAAUUAUCUAUGCAGGAUCGAUUUGAUCAAAUAAUCGAUUCACUUAAUAUUACUGAUGAAAUAAAAGAUAUGUUAUUAGCAUUAUUAUCAAUGAAUAUGCAAGGUGAUAUUGCAGAAGGUGGAUUUAUUGAUCAUCUACGUUGGUGGGCACUUGGUGAUUAUAAUAUGAUUCGAAUGUUUGAUAAACUUAGUCGAUAUAAAAUCAAAGAAGGAACAAGUACAUUAGCUCAAGCGAUAUUGAAUGAUUGUAAAAAUGUAACGUUAUUAUUAUCAACAUCUGUCUUAUCUGUUGAUCAUACGAAUACAAAUAGUAGUAUUAUUCGUAUACAAACAGGUGAUUUAUUAUUAGCUCGAUCAGUACUCGUAACUGUUCCAUUGAAUGCAUUACAAAAUUUAAAAUUUUUUCCACCACUUGGAAUAAAAAAACAAGAAAGUAUAGCGAAUGGACAAUGUCCAGGUGGUAGAAAAUUUUGGGUUAAAUUAGAAAAACCUAUUGGUCCUUGGUUUGGUAUGGCACCAUAUCCAAAUCCAAUUACAAUGGCUUAUACUGAUGAUGAAGAAGGAUAUAUUAUUGUUGGUUUUGGACCAGAUGAAUUACUUGAUAUUCAAAAUAUUAAUAUUGUAGAAAAAGAAUUAAAUAAAUUUCUUCCUAAUGUUAAAGUUACAUAUGUUCUUGGUCAUGAUUGGCGAAAUGAUCCAUUUAUAUUAAGUACAUGGUCAUGGUAUAAACCAGGACAAAUGUGUUCAAGUCUGAAAGCACUUCAAAUAGCAGAACCACCCAUAUUUUUUGCAAGUGGUGAUAUAGCUGAUGGGUGGCGAGGUUUUAUUGAUGGUGCAAUAGAAAGUGGUCUUACAAAUGCUCGAUAUAUUCAACAAUAUCUUAAUAAACGUUUUCCAUCUCAUUAA